AUGGUCCAGAGCGGAGUUGCCGUGGAGCUCCUCCUGCUGGCCGGGGGUUUGGCCACAGCCUUGGUCUCCGUGAUCCUGAAUUACUACAUGGUCUCUGGCUGGGACCUGCUCCCUGGCGGGUGGGACCUCCUCCAAGGCUGCUGGGACCUGCUCCAAAGCUUGGUCUUCCAUGAGGUCUCGGGCCUGGGCUGGGUGUGGGUGCGCCUGGGCAUGCUGCAGCUCCUCCUGGGCCUCACCUUCUGUCACCUGGUUGUGGUGGAGGCGUGGGCCUCCUGGGUUCAGCUGGGGAUGGUGCUUCCUGUGUUCCUCCGGUUCCUGGGGGUUCCUCUUCUCCCUCAGCUGGUCCUCCUCCUGCUGGUCCUUCUCCUGGUCCUGAUCAUGUGGAACCAGAUAAAAUUCAUGGUGUGCCAAACUAAAUGGUGUGACGAUAUGUUUGACUCGUUUACAAUCCUGUUGAUCAUGGUAUGCUACUGGAUUCUCCGGGUUUGGGUCAAAGCUCUGAUCCAUCUCAACGGCCUGCAGGAGGAGUGGAGCUGGUCUGGGCUCAGUGACCUCCCGGCCGAGCUCCUGGUUUCCGGUUGUGAGUCGUUCCUCAUGGAGUUGGCGAUGGCCGCAGUCUUCACAGACGCGGCACGGUACGUCCAGGAGAUCUUCGUCGAUAUUGUCGGUCUAUGCCUGGAUUAUUUCUCUGAUCUCAAAUGCUUCUGGAUCGUGGCGACGCUGUGGGGGGUCAGCUGCACGGACCCCACGCAGAGACUGGAGAUCCUCCUCCAGAACCUGUACCUGCUGAUGGCCCUGGGCCUGACCCACCUCCACCAAUUGGUGCAGCCCUUGCUCACUGCUCAGCGCAGACCGCGGCAGACCUUCAUCCCUUUGUUUGUCUUGUUUGUUUUGACGCUGUUCUUUCCCAUCCCUCUGGUGCUGGUGAUCUGGCAGCACCACGACUGGAGCAUCUGGCUGUCCGCGGCCACCACCUCCACUAUCCACCUCUUUUUGCAGGUGCUGCUGGGCCUCUGCGGCUCCGUGGUCGUGAGAAGCAUCCAGAACACUGACCAGAGGGACUGUGAGGUGUCCAGGGCCCUCUCGCUGCAGCACCUGAUGAUGAUGGUGUUUGGCGCGUUGAUGGCGGCUAUAAACGCCUACGGCUUCAUGUUUGACUCCAGGCGUUUCAGUCACCUCCUCCUGAUGUCUCUGCACAUAUGCAGCCACAUCUUCCUUCGGAUGAACGAUUACCGGUCGGAGAUGGAGAAAUACCGGAGGUUGAAGAGGAGUAUGGUAAGCAGAGUGACGUGGCACGUGACACUGACAGAGGAGCAGCUCCAGCUCAUUGAUGACGUGUGCAGCGUCUGUCUGCUGCCGUUCAGCCCGGACUGUUCCCUCACGCCCUGUUUGCACUACUUCCACUUCGAGUGUCUGCGUAGGUGGCUCUCCAGGCACAAAACCUGCCCCAAGUGCUCCAGCUAUGUGGAGAAGGGGAAGGUGCAAUGGAACUGGUGGGAGGGGCCAUGGUGGGAGGGGCCAUGGUGGGAGGGGCCAUGGUGGGAGGGGCCAUGGUGGGAGGGGCCAGGUGAGCAGGGCGAGGGGCCGCAGGUGGAACCACGUGAGCAGGGCGAGGGGCCGCAGGUGGGGCCACGUGAGCAGGGCGAGGGGCCGCAGGUGGGGCCACGUGAGCAGGGCGAGGGGCCGCAGGUGGGGCCACGUGAGCAGGGCGAGGGGCCGCAGGUGGAGGCACGUGAGCAGGGCGAGGGGCCGCAGGUGGGGCCACGUGAGCAGGGCGAGGGGCCGCAGGUGGGGCCACGUGAGCAGGGCGAGGAGCCGCAGGUGGAGGCACGUGAGCAGGGCGAGGGGCCGCAGGUGGAGGCACAUUUCUGA